AUGGCUCGGUUGAUUUUUGACUAUAAAGGAAAUGUGCCAUUUUCCUUGGCUUUGGGUGUGAAUGCCGUUUUGUUCUCCGCUGCGAAGAGUAAACUGUUUACUAUGUUGACUCCUACAGGAUUCGCUCACGCUAUGGCUCUCGGCACCCUUCUAUGGACGACAUUAGGUUGGAGGGGCUGGACUUACUGUGUGCUCUACUUGCUUUUGGGAAAUUUAGUGACAAAAGUAAAAUUUGCCGAAAAGUCCAAGCGAGGAUUAGCUGAAGGACGUGGCGGGCGCCGCGGGCCUGAAAAUGUAUGGGGAUCCGCUGCCACAGGUCUUACCUGCGCCAUAUGCUCCGUCCAAGGCGAUUUUUUUCUUGGAAUCAGCUCGAAAGUGUUCGUGCUUGGAUACGUGGCUUCGAUUGCAACAAAGCUCGCUGAUACCUUCGCAUCGGAAAUUGGAAAAGCGUAUGGGAAGACGACGUUCUUGAUUACAACGAUGGCUCGAGUAGAACCUGGAACUGAAGGGGCUGUCUCAGCAGAGGGUACUGCAGCAGCUGCACUCGGUGGCUUUAUGCUGUCCCUAUACGGAUACGGAAUAGGUUUAAUUGACGGCCGCUCAGUUGCUAUUUCAACCGUUGCGGCUUUUAUCGCAACUAACGUAGAGAGUUUGCUUGGAGCGACCCUUCAGGGUAAGGAAGGGUUUGGUUGGAUCACAAACGAGGUGAUUAACUUUUUCAAUACACUUAUCGGAGCCGGAAUCGCAAUGGCCACCGGCAUUCUUGCUUUAGGUAUGUAA